CUUCUACGUACUACGUCACCCUUGCGUGCUCGGUUGCUUAGCAACCGUAGACUAUACGAAACAGAAGAUACAAAGUAGAGUGCAAGUUUCAUCAGCCUCUGAGUAAAGAUGCCCCGUUCAGCAGCAAAGUCCCAAGCUGACAGGGCUAGACGUAUGUCGGCCGUCCAAGUGACCCCACCUCUAGCGCAGGAACUGGAAGCGGAAGAUAUCAUUCCUGGUCGCUUAACACGCGCCCAGUGGAUGGACAUGUUGAGCCAGGAGGAUGCAGAGGAGACAGUAGGGGAGAUCAUGGAUGAACUGUUGAGCAAGGUCAUGGAAGGCUGUUUGAAGGCAUACAUUGAACGACAGAUAGCACCUUUUUCCGCAUCUUGGGCCAAGAACUACUUCACACAAAUUCUAGAGCAACAAAUCCUGUGCCCAGAUGAAGGAGAAGGACCCGAAGAAGCAUGUAGAACUGAAGACUCAGAGCCUGUGCCAGCAACUUCUGAUGCCUGGGCUCAAGGAUGUGUACCUGUUGUCAGUGCUACCCCUCGACCUCAUCCCACUACACAACAGGAGGCUGACAUUCUUGAGGUCCCAGCACAAACAGAGCCAAGGGUCAACCACCAAUGUAAUAUUAUGACUCAAAAAAACAGCUCUCCAAUCCAAUCUGAAGACGAAACAAGUCCCAGGAGGCCUGUGACUGACAAGCACUAUAAAGUGCUUAGUCCUCAGCCACGACUAAAAACUGGUCGUGAGAAAAAGCAGAAAGUCAAUUUACCUCCCAAGCCUGUCCCAGGCAAAUUGCUGCCAGUCCUGUCCUGCUCAGCAGAGAAAAAGUAUGUGGAGGUAGAGGGUAAAAAUAAGUUAUAUUCUGUUUCUAACCAUAAGACUGGACCAUUAUAUCAGCCUAAGGACUACCAACCCAUACCAAGACUUGAUCCCUCAUGCCUGCCUCGACACUGCAUCUUUCCUCAAUAUGAGAUUGUGGACAAAGACUAUACAAAACCCAAUUCCAAGAAACCAAGUGGACUAUCCAAACUAGAACCAAAAUAUAACAGGCAGCAAACUGAGCAGAAAGUAACCAAACUGACACCACUAACCAACUCCAAGGAUCAGCCAAAAAAGUUUCAGAGGAGAAACGAGGCAGAUGUCUUUCUGAGGAAAGUGUCUCCCUUUAGACAUAGACAGGAAGGGAUGGAAUUCUCUGGGUCUCUGAGGCUGGAUGCAAUGGUUUUGGCCAAGGGUGUUUCUCUCCGGGAUCCACAGGCAGUUGAAAGCAACCCUCUCAAAUUUACACUUCCUUCCCAGUCUACCAAGCUGAGGCCAAUACAAAGUGAUAUAGCUGUGCCACUGUUUUCAGUCGAUCAGUUUACCACAGGCCGACCAUCUCUGUUCACCCCAAUGGUUCAGUCGAAUAACUGUGACAACUGAUUCUGACAUUUAUUUAGAACAGAAUGUGGUAUAUGUUAAUGAAAUAAAAACAAUCCUUCUAAUGCAAGAACAUCUGACAUAAUGUCCAAUGUAGGGUACACUGUAAAAGAUUUGUGUUUUGAAAAGAUUCCCACUCUAGCCAUUUUUCCAUAUAUUUGUUAGCUAGUCUGCAUUUGCAAUACAGUGAGAUAUACUGCACUACAUUUUAAAAAAUAGUUCCUGAUACACUUUGAUUACAAAAUAUUUAUUGUAAUUUCUUUCAUACUGAUAUAUAUUUAUAGUAUAUGUAAAAGGUAUGAUAUGCAUUCUAUCAAUGCCUCCCACAAAAUAGAGCAAAGAUGGAGAAAGACAGAUGUAACUCAUAUACAAACAACUUAAUUGUAAACCAAAGGAAAUUAUUUGGUCCACCUGGUUAAAAACAAUGUAGUCUAUAACAACAGCCCUGUAAUAAUUGCUAAAUUCAUGAAAAUUAUAAUGUUCAGUUAUUUGUUGAAAUUUUUAGUUGUUGAUUCAACUGGCAGGUGUUUCUAUUAUUUUGUCCACCCCAUUUAAAUCAAUGAGGGUAGACUAAACAACAGAAAAACCACUCUGUAUAAUGCAAUGCAAUUCAACAGCAGAGCUGAAUCAACGCCUCUUUAACACACUAACAUUCUAACUGUAUUAGACGGUAUUAGCUUGACAUUUUUAAUGUAAAACAGCGUUACAACAAAUAAUAUGAAUGUAAACAUAUUUCAAAUAAACAUAUUUCACUUGUUUAAUAAACAUUUUA